AUGCCAGAUAUGUCGGCCAAUUCUGUCGCACGCCCAAGGCACCAUUCAUGCGAGCCCCACAAAAACAAAAUCCACCCGUCCGGUUAUUUAACAGUGAAACCGGAUGAGGUACUGACCAGAUUACGUCGUGCAAAAGAAACCGGAUUGGAUCCCCAAUUGAUUAUUGCUGAUGUGCGUGAGGCAAGAUUGUUCCAAGCUGGGCAUGUCCUUACGGCUCGCUCUGCCAGUUGUUAUACCAAGACGAUGGCUCGACGUGCGAUCGCCUCAUGGGAUUGUAGCUUCGCAGACGAACUCGGAUGUCCUGCUCCUGCUCACACAUGUUUAACCAACUUUUGCACCCAAAUAUCCCAAGUUUCCGGACCUUCUGUUGUGGUUUAUGAUCAGCGUGGUGAUGUAUUACCUUCAUUAAUGCCCGACGAAUCUGCUGUACGAUAUUUCAUAGACGCUCUGAUUCAUCGUGGGAACAUGGUUUAUUUCAUGGUCGGUGAGUGUGUCAAAUUUUUGACAGUGAUUACGCGCUUUCAAUUAUUCGUUUCUUUGUGUGGGGUUGUUCGUUUACUUUCCACAUUCGUUGUUAAACCGCAUGGAGUGAUCGAUCUCAUUCGACUGUCGUAA